AUGUCAUAUCAACAGCCGCCACCAUCUUCAUCGAACAAUAAUAAUUUACCACCCUUUGACUGGUCUCUUCCAGGUCGAAAUUUUAGUGGUGGCCCACCACCUCUAAUGGCUAUGCCAAGCAGGGAUGAUGUUCGUCUUCCAUCAACAAUGGAACGUGUCUUAAAGUUUCGUGAUAAUCAACAUGAAGAAGAUCGUGUAACAAAAUUGCAUAGUGGUGGUAAUCAAACAGAUUCUGGUAUCGAACAAAAUGAAGAUUACAACGAUGAAUCUGAUGAAGAAGAAACUACGACAAACGGAUUAUCGCGUAAAGCCAAAAAGGAAGUCGAAAAACGACGCCGUCGUCGUCGUGCUAAAAAGAAGAGUAAAUCUAGCACUCCAACAUUAGUAACAGCCCCAUCAAAUCCACCUCCAAAAGAAAAUACUAAAACUGAUGAGAAAAAGAAAAAGAAGAAACAUACUUCGGAUGACGAUGAUGAUAACGAUGAUAGUUCUACAGCAAAUGUUGAAAUCGAUUAUGUUCCUGAAGAUAUUCCAGUUAAACGUGGUGAUGACUAUUAUAAGCAUUUCGCCAAAGUAUUUGAAAACUUUAAAUUAGAUCCAACUGGUGAAGAUAACGCUGAAUAUCAUUAUAAUAAAUAUGGUAAAAGAGUUCUAACACCAAAAGUACUUUUACCACGUGAUAAAACAAAUUUGGAAGAGAAUGAAGAUGACGAUGAAAAAGAAUCAAAUUAUGAUAAAAAGAAAAAAGAUGACGAUGAUGAAGAAGAAAAUAAAAAAAAAUCCAAAAAGCAACAAAAACGUGAAACACGCCUUACUGUUGCUCAAUUAAAACAACUUGUUAUAAGACCUGAUGUUGUAGAAAUGUUUGAUGUUACAGCUAAAGAUCCAAAAUUACUUGUUCAUCUCAAAGCAACACGUAAUACAGUUCCUGUACCGCGACAUUGGUGCGCAAAACGUAAAUACCUACAAGGUAAGCGUGGUAUAGAAAAACCACCAUUUCAAUUACCUGACUUCAUUCGUCGUACUGGUAUCAUGGAAAUGCGUGAAGCUUUACAAGAAAAAGAACAAAAUAAAACAUUAAAACAAAAAAUGCGUGAGAAAGUUCGUCCCAAAUUAGGAAAAAUUGAUAUCGAUUAUCAAAAAUUACAUGAUGCUUUUUUUCGUUGGCAAACAAAACCACGAAUGUCUAUACAUGGUGAUUUAUAUUAUGAAGGAAAAGAAAAUGAAACACGUCUAAAAGACAAAAAACCAGGUAUACUAAGUGAAGAAUUACGUGUUGCACUUGGUAUACCAGUUGGACCAACAGCUGAUAAAUAUCCACCACCAUGGUUAAUUGCCAUGCAACGUUAUGGUCCACCACCAAGUUAUCCUAAUCUUAAAAUUCCUGGUUUAAAUGCACCUAUACCAGAAAGUUGUCAAUUCGGUUAUCAUAGUGGCGGUUGGGGUAAACCACCGGUUGAUGAACAUGGACGACCAUUAUAUGGUGAUGUAUUCGGUACAAAUCAAUUUGCUUAUAUUCGUAGUAUGACUGAAGAAGAACAUAUUGAUAAAAGUUAUUGGGGAGAAAUAGAAGAAGAAGAACAAGAACAAGAAGUAGUUAGUUCGUCGGACGAAGAAGAAACCACAGAAGACACUGGCCUUGAUGGUGAAGCAACUAAUGAAGGACAAAUGGCUGCACCAACAGCUGCUGAACAUGCUCAUCAUCAUGUACAUCAUCAUCAUCAUGCUGCAUCGGAACAAGAACAAAAUGUACAUCCAGCUGGAUUUCAAACACCACAUGGCAGUGAAGGUUUUGCUACACCCAGCGGUACACAAUCAUCUAUACUUGGCACAGAAACACCACAACAGUUCGAAUUACGUAAAUCUCGUUUUCAUUCUGACAUGGAUGGUGAUACAACACCGGCUCUUUAUACUGUUUUACCUGAAAAAAAUGUUGGCGUUGGACAAUCGUCUUUGUUAUCGACGAAUCGUGUCUAUGAUUUUCAAGCUGUUCGAAAAGAUCAAUUGGGUCAAUCAUCAGCAGGUCGAAGUGAUACGUCUGGUGGUGUUGAUAUUGCACUCAAUCCUGAUGAGCUUGAUAUGAAUAGUCAAGCACUUGAAGCACGUUUACGACAAGAAUUAAAAGAUAAAGAAUUAGCUAAAGAAGAUAAUAGCGAUUUAUUAUCGGAUCACUUAAAUAAACAAAAUAAGAAACGUAAAAGCAAACAAACAGAUACCAAAGGUGGUAACGAUCCUAAAAAGUCGAAAUUCAAAUUUUGA